AUGACAGCAAAACAAGACAAAAACUUGAAUCAAAAACCAAGCGCAACCACAAAAACACCAACCGAUACGUUCAGCCUCUUCAUUAUGAACUCUCCUCUCGCACAGCAGCAGCCGCCCCUGUCUCCUCCUCCGUUCAACAAGGACACCGUCGUCCACCAUCUUCACGGUCUGGCGAACCAAGUCAACCUCUUCGAGGACUAA